UUUGUGUUUCUGUUUGUGGAGUAAGGUUGUGGAACAGAUUAGGUGUGGAGAUCUAGCAAUGUCCAAGCAUGACCCAGUUUAAAAAGCGGGACAAAAACAUGGUUCUCACCAGGGACAGGGAGGAGGAAGGGCUCUAACCAUCGGGCGUUUUUAUAAAUGAUUUAUGUACUUAUUUACUCUAUUUAUGUUCUAUUUAUUGUUAAUAUAAUGUAAAUAUGUUGGAGACUGACUGUUUAUUGAGUAGAGGAUAAGGGGUAGGUUUUUAAAAAAGCAUAAUGCUUCAUCCUACUCCUUUUUGGACACAUUGGGUUCGCAUUAUUAUUAGUUAUUUUUUAUUUAUUUUUUUGCUUUGAUUAUUGUUGUUGUUGUUGUUUUGAAUAUUCUCAUUGGUUUUGUUUGUUUUCAGUUCACUUUCUUGCGUUGCAUGAAAAAAAUAAUAAUAAAUGAAAAUGAAAUGAAAUGAAUCUCAGAGCUGGUGAUCAGCUUGGGCAAUUAGGUAAACUUAGCUAACAUUAACACAUCAAAUAUUACUAUAAUCAGUACUUUCUUCACACAGGACACAAGGAAAAGGUGACAAGGAAAUGACAAAGACAGGAUCUAACAGAAGUUAAGAGGUUAAAACUGAAAGACAGGGACAGGUAUCAACAUUCAUGACUGAUCAAGCAGGCAAGGCCAAGACAAAUUGACCAACUCACAGGUUCUUUCCCGCCGUCAUAGUAAUCAAAUGACAGACCUGAAACAGAAGAUGCAACUAAAUCAGAAACUAGGUGAGAUGGACAAACACAGCGGCAAUCAAUGCAAUGAACCCUACAGCAUGCAGAGGAUGAGUCAGCAGUUAUCGGGGUGUUUAUCGUUCGCUAGAGCACUGUGGGGUUAUUGCAUCAACAGCAUCCGGGAGAUAUUAAAUCAACCUCGGUGAUGAAAACAUCUGAUAUUACAAAACAAUUUUACUCUGCUGAGAAGAGAGGAGUGUGAGGUGAGCUGAGAGGGAAAAAAACACUCACCAAUAAGUUUGAGUGUGAGGACACAAUGAGGCAUGGUCCAUUUGAUGUCAUACUCCUCUGUGGCUGUGUAGUAAUAACCUGCCAGCAGGUACAACUGCAGAAAGGAGGGAAAACUGAGUGUGAGUGCUGCAAUAAUAAAAGAGGGGGGCGAGGAAAAAGCAAAAAACAACGAAAGAAGGUGCUUCUAAAACCAAAAAUGGGCGUACAUAUCUUUAAAUGUAAACAAAUGAGAUAAUCACAUUUACAGUAUGCAAUUAUAUUAAAGGAUUACUGGCCUAUGUUGUGUCUACUUUAAAACAUGGGCCAAGCGUUAUGCAAGAAUUGACCGGGCAGGUAGAGGAAAUGGUGGAGAGUGUAUGAAGAAAUCUUGUGUUAGAUGGUGCAGGCAGAUUGUUAAACAGCACCUGAGCCACUGCAGUAAAUGGACUAAAGUGAGCUAAUGCUACAAAACUAAGCCUGAAGAUACGGGGGAUGAGUGAAAACAGCAGGACAGCUCACCAUUUGAAAGAUAAAGCUGCUCAGGAUAGUUGUUACCGUCCUUCCCAUGAGCCUCAGCAUCAGGAACUGAACUAGGAUGCAUACUCCAGAGUGAUAUAGCUGAGAGCCUGGGAGAGAGAUGGACAGAGAGAAAAAGGGGGGGGUGGGGGUGUUAGUGCAGUGAAGUGUGAACUGUAGGACUGGACAUGACAACAGCAUUUCCCAUCACACUUCAGUAUCAGCAGAGACGGAGAAAAAGCAUCGAGGCAAGUCUAUGACGAUACGGCGCGACCUUGUGCUCCUCUCGGAAAUACGCUUGAAAAGAAAAGAGGAGAGGAAGAAAACGAAUUCCACAAGGAGAAAGAGAAAGCAACAGACCUGCUGUAAAAUCCAAGUGCAGCCAGGACAGAAAAAAGAGAAGAGAUGUUAGCAGUUUGACUCAACUCCAGAGGACCACACACACACACACGAGGAUGUCUCAUCAUUCAUCCUGUUUAAAGCGACUUCUGACUGCUGUCAUUACAUCUGUACUGUCAAACUGUGUUCAAUAAAUGAUGGAAAGGUGAGACAUCCAAAUUUGAGUAUUAAAAUCAGAGACAGUUUGAAGAGAAGAUUACAAAGAUUACAAAAAAUAAGAGCUUCAAGCUUUUAAAAUGCAAGUAUUUAGUUGUUGUUUGUCAGAACUCUGCAAUAGUAAAAAGAAACUUCAGAUUAUCUCCAUCAUCAAAUAUGUAAAAUAAACCAAAAUGAAAAACUUCAGUGUAUGCAUUUUAGCGUUAAAAGAAGAGCUAAAAUAGAUAUAAAUUAACCAGAUAUAAUUCCUGUUGACUAAAUAUCUAAUAAUCUUAAAAUAUGAUUUCCAGAGAACGAACCGUCCAUUAGAGCAAAAGAAAAUAUCAGGCAAUUGAUUAAUUAUGAUGCCGUCUGUGUAUUUCGCAGUAUACUUUCAGUUUGGCUGAUUUAGCUGACCAGGAAAAAAGUCUGCGCUGCAAGUAAAUGAACGACUGCUCGAAUUAAUCUCCAGCCUUCAUCCCUGCUGCUGCCAUCGACUGUUAAACAGGCGGCAUUUACUUCCUCCUUAAACCAGAAAUGACUCACAAUAGUUGAUGAUUCAUGCUGAUGAAAAAAAACCCUGGUCUUCCUCUAGAAAAACCUCAGCCAGCAUGCUCCUCACUGAAUGUGUCAGAAGUGCUGGCAGUUCAGCAUUUCUCAGAGAUUUUGGACUUUUUACUCAUUAACAUGAUAAUAGAACGAUAACCUAUUUUCACUGUAUGACAGAGAUGGAUUAAUGAACUGAUUUUACACCAAAUCAAAGAGCUCUUGACAAUAAGAAACACGUCAUGUAAAAUAGAUGUACACUGGAGAAUUACAACUCGAGCUGGAGUCAAAUGAAUGGUGAAAAAAAUUGUGGUUGACCACUAACUGACAUAUUUUUCAUUGGUUUCCUAUUGAGUUUGUUGCAAACAAGCACACAAAAGAUAAAGAGCCAUGUUAAAAGAUAACUUUGCUACAGUUUAGAGAAGGUGGAUUAUUCACUCCCUGUGUUUGUUAGACCUCAAGGACAGCACCAAAAUGAAUAAUGGUGCUUUAGAGUGAGUUUAAAUGCAGCUUUUGUACAAGAAAACAUAAAAAGGAAGCUUGAAAAAGGACCGACCCACCAUGAACUGAAAAAAUAACAGUUAUACAGCGACAUGAUGACAAGUAAUCAUUUUAUGUCAAUGCUAUCUUUCUGCCCCCUCUUCAUCUCACCAAAGUUGAAUGCUGCUAAUGCCAGUCCAGAGAGCGCGUGAAACAAGUGUAUAACUGUGGCAGAUUGGUGGAACAAAAACCGCCGGUACACCAGAGCACAGGGAUACCCUGCAGGAGAGACAGAAACACAGAACAGAGAAUUAAAUGUUAAAAGGGCUUCAGAGAGUGACUUCAUAUCAGCUAUUGUUGACACCUCCCGGUAUCAACAGCUCACUGACCUUGUGGUAAAACAGAUCGACACACAGCAGGAGUGGUGUAUCUGGUACCUCAAGGAGGGAGAUAACUGCCAAAUUUACAGGGGCAGAAAGGGCCAGAAAGGGCAGACCCCCUCCUCCUUUUUUUUCUGUUAGACCCCUUAUGCAAAUAUGGGCAGUAGUCCAUUUUGAAUGCUUAAUUUAUUUUACAUCAUUCCCUGUUUAACUGUUCCAUGAAUUAUUCAUAUUUAAUGAUGUUUAUCAGUUUAAAUAUAAACAAAAAACUAACAUGAUGUAAUAAAUAAGCAUAAAAAUAAUACAUAUGAGUCCUGAUUAGCUUCACCAAAACCAUGACGUUCACCACCACAGGUCCAAUGUUGGUCCGUUGUAAAGGUAAAGGGCUUCACCUCGACUUAAAUGAACUCUUUUGACUGGGUGAGAUAACUUAGUCCCUGCAAGGUCAGAGGUGCAGGGAUUAUCAGAGCUAUAUAAUAACUGUACAUCGAGGAUAAGCGUGUUCUCAUUUAACUAUGCUGUAAAGUAAUUGUCUAAGUUGAUAGCUAAGAUAGGGCUAAAGACUUUCUAUAAUUAUAAUAAUAACUUUAUUUGUAUAGCACUUUUAAAAACAGAAGUUUACAAAGUGCUUUGACAUUUAGUCAUAGAGCACAUGGAAAAUACAGAUAAAAACAAAAAGCUCAUUUAAAACAGAAUUGAAGGCCAUUUUCAUGUCAUAAGGAACCCAGACAGUAAACAUAGAAUGAGACCAUGAGGACCAAAAUAAGCUAAAUCAAAAGUAGAAACAGGAUAGUAAAUAUAAAAAGCAAUAUCAACAAUGAUAAUAAAAUAAUAACCGGUUUCUACAUCUUUUAGAUACAAAUAUGUAUAUAAUAAAAACAAUCCUUCACUCCCUGGUACAUAUUGUACUUUAUUCCUCUUCAAUCUUUAAUUUUGUCCAUUAUUAAACAUAUAUAAACACACAUCACACUCCUUCAUAGUGGUACAAAAGGCCAGUGUAUUAACUUUAAAUAAAGCCUACAUGCUCUUGCUGGCGUCUGUCUAUAUCCAUUCACUCAUGCAUCUUUCAGAAUUUUUAACUGAGUUGACGGUAAAGUUACAUUUGCUUGCAGCACCUUACUUUUUUUAAGAAAUGAAGGGAUUGGUUCCAUUUUUCACAAACUACAAAACUGUUAAAAGACAUGUUGAUACACGUUGGGUUUUGCUGAAUUUGGGAACGGUUGAAAAAUAAUAGUCUGGCUCCAGUUUUUCCCCCAACAUGUGUAGUUACAGAGACCAGUGUAUGGCAGUUGUGGUGUAUUUAAAUCAGACUCUGAACAAAUAUUUACAUUACAGACAAUGUAUAACUGUGUAGUAACUUUGGUAAGCAGUUGGUGUGAAAAGCAGAAAUCAAAGUGAGGGGAACAGUGACAAAACCACCUGUUAUUUCAGGCUCCGGUGUUGCAGUGUGAGACUGUUACUAUACAACCUUGUGUAACUCACAUUAGGCAACACAGCCAAGAAGGAAGCGAUAGACUGAAGGCUUUUUAGGCAUUAGCCAAUCAAAGUCGGAUCUGACCGGCCACGUUAUGACCAUUGAAUUGCUGGUGAGAGGGGACACAGAGAGAAAACUGACGUGUCAGGGCAAGGUUCAGAGAGGACAGCGUGGAGGGCGUCCUCCCCCCACCCUAAACACACCUCGACCAACUUGUACCAAAGUAGCGCUGCGUGUGAAACCUAUAUUAACACAUGAGAUCAUACAUUCAAGCUAAACGAGGACCUCAAUGUACGAUCCGUCCAUGUUCCGAUAUAUCUGAACCCUGGUGGGUGUCUGUUUGUCUCCCCUCUCCUCAGCCCACAGUAGAAAAUGGAGGGUUGGGGGGACAUAUUUUGGCAGCCUGUCUGUGCCCAGUCUUCUUGUCAAAGCACAGCCCUCCCCCAACAACAUUGAGGCCAUUAUUUUCACUAAACACCAGCCUCAUACAAACAUGCUAAUCCUACAUCUCACUCUUUCUGUCCUCUGGACGGUGUGUUUGGCUGUUUUUUAAACUCCCCAGCUGACUUGAUCUGAGUCUGCCUACUUUCAUUGUCCGACAAUCAAUCAAUCGAGCCAUUGAAAGGAGGGUGGCACCAUAAAACAACACUUUCAUGUCAGGUCAAUGCCACCAGUUGGCCGAUAGUUAUGGUCUUUUAAAGGGAAUAGACGCUGUUAAAACCUCAAGUGUGUGCUUUAAAUUCUCAAAUCUUAAAUCAUCAAACUCCGAGGGGCCCGUGAUUGAUUUAUUGGGCUUGGUAUUAGCAUAAGCUAGCAGUAGUACACCAAAACAACCGGUUUGCAGCAGCAGCCUGUAGCUGUGUGUCAGUUAGUGUCUGUUAGCAUUGAAGUUACACACACCGACAAGAGCACUUCAUUGUGUCCACUCAAUGGCUGCUAUCGCGGCUGACUAUAAGAAUAUCUUCUAACUUCUUCGACAGCAUGGACUCACCGAUUAAUAUAGAUAAAAUGAGACGAAGCGCCGGCUCCGGGGAACCUAAGGACUCCGACAGACUCUCCAGCAAGGGAGCCGCCAUCUUUCUUGUGGGCGGAAACGUCUACUCGCGACGGUUCAAUGAACUCCACUGACUCACGGCCCACAUCCACACACACACACACAACGAACACUCCGCUUUUUAAAGGCGCUUCGCGGUUCAGCCUCCUCCAAAGUUUGACGGCGGACUUCUCCUCCCAUCUUCCCACCCCUUUAUGUGUACACUCACCGUGUUGAAGCCCACUUUAUUUCGUGGCUGCUUUCACAUUAUGGCGCAGAAGAGUAGAACUGAGUGAUAGGAAGGCUUUCUGUAGAGUUAAUGCAAAUGUGGUCGACCUGUUAGUUACCAAGGUGCAAGUUUUCUUUAAGAUUCACCCUCUAAAAGAAACAAGCGCUGCUAUGGUGAAAGAGUGCCCUCAUGUGGUGAGGUGGUAGAUUGUCAACCCUUAUCCGUCAAUACACUGUAUAGGGGAGAGUGGGGUAAGUUGAGCCAAAGGGUAAGUUGAGCCACCUCCUGUUGCUCGGAAAUGGUAAAAGAGUUUGAUCAUGUGUCCAAAUUUUUAGGAGAUGGGCAUCAAUUCAUGGAGUCUGUAAAGGUUAGAAGCACAUGGGUGAAGGGGUUAGACAUUUAUUUCCAGUAACCAUUUUUCACUCUUAAUAGUGAAUUUAGUCUGUCAUCCGUUUUAUGAGAAUUGUCUUUCGACCAUAGACUGUAUAUAGAAUGGACAACUUGGUUCCGCCUCCUGUCAGUAUACGGAUUUGAAGCCAAAAAGCUCUUGGUAUUUUUCUUCAUUUCCUGAAACCAGCGAUGUGCAGUAGCAUUGUACGCAUUCGGCGGGAGAGUCACCGAGAGUCGCUGUGAUGAUGCUCGGCUCAAACAUCCUAUCCACCGGGUGAGCUUCUCAAUCUUCGUACACCCAUAGGCUGUAUCAGGUGUCAAUCAUAGAAAACAUGAACCCCCUAAUAACUUUUAAAAACAGAGCUUCACAGAAAAAAAGAGGACUUGAGCACAAACCAGUGUUACAGUAACUACAUGUCAACAUGGCAACCAGGAGGGAGAAUAACUUAUAUUCUGUGUAAUAAAUUUCUACAGUUUGUCCUCAGCUGUGUAAGCUUAGCUGGCGGAGGCGGGAUUUAUGACCUAUACUGACGCCUGCCAACAGGGUGUGCUUUUCUCGUAGUGGCUUCACCCAGUGAGGAGGCAGACGCUGUCCAUUCUAUAUACAGUCUGUGGUGAAGCCACUCCAAGAACAGCACCCUCUGGUGACGGGCUGCGGUAUAGGUCAUAAAUUCCGCCACUAUCAACAAAGCUUACGGAGCUGUGGAAUAACUAUUUGAUUAUACAGAACAUACAUUUUUCUCCCUUCUGCUUGUGAUGUUGACAUGUAGUUACUUGCAGUAUAGGUCAUAAAUCCCGCCUCCGCCAGCAAAGCUUAUGGAGCUGUGGACAAACUUUAGAAAUUUAUAAUACAGUCGGGAAAGGGCUUACUGUAUCAACUUUCCCCGCUCCUAUGGUCAAUUUACCUCACACAUGGGGUUAGUUUAACCAUAGGAGACCACUUUUUUGGCAUGCUAUAUUAUCAAGACAGUUAUCUUUACACUCACUCUGUUGAAAGGUGUCUGUAAAAAGUGCUAAAUAUUUACCGUUUACUGAUUUGGUAGAAUCUCCUGGUAGACAGCUGUAUUUAUUUUGAUAAAGAUCAGUGACGGAGUACCACAAUUCAUCACAGGCUGUAGAAACUUUCCAAUAGAUUUCAAGCACCUUAGAUUCAGUGUUAAUCCACUUUUCUUCAGAUUUCAAAACAAAAUUAACUUCCAUCUUGAAAUAAGACUUUGGACCACUGACAAACAUUUCUUUUUCUUCUCAGGAAAAAUUAUUUUGACAAUGUCACUGAUUCAGGGAUGGCUCCUUAAUAUGGCUCACAUGUGCAGACAAGGACCAGAAGGCGGGCACAUAUUACACCGGUUUUAAAAUCCCUGCAUUGGCUCCCUGUGUGCUUUAGGAUUGAUUUUAAGGUCCUUUUAAUGGUUUUUAAAUGUCUUAGGGGUCUUGGACCUUCUUAUCUUUCAGAAUUGCUUUUACAAUAUGAACCCUCGCGGACCCUGAGAUCCUCUGGCACUGGCCUUAUAAUAGUAUCCUAUUAUCCUAUUCUUAUUUUAUUUCAUUUAUAUAUUUAUUCCUCAUUUUACAUUUUAUGGUUAUUCUAUUUAUUCACUUAUUUCAAAAUGGUGUUUUAGCUGUUUAUCAGUAUUUUGCGAUUUUAUCUAGUUCAAUGUUAUUAGCUGAUUAAGUGUAUCUUUUCAUUGACUUUCUCCAGUGUUUCCUCAGUGGGGGCCGACUGCACUGAAGGCUGUGACUGGCUCUGUCUAGGGUUUCUCUGCCUCGUGGUGUGCACUCAGCUCGGCCAGGUGGUGGUCUGCAGCAGUGCUUGCUGCUGUGGGCCCCUUACUGGCCUGUAGUGGGGUGCCCACCCGGGUGGAGGUGUCCCGGCCCUGGGCCGUGAGCAGACUCCUGUGCAGUCGGCCUCCUGACGUUUCCUGACCUGGCUCCUCUGUACUCAGCCACACGCUUUUAAGAUUGCAUUAUCUCUCUCUGUGUGUGUGUGUGUGUGUGUGUGUGUGUGUGUUGGGUUGAGGUCUUGGUGGGGGUGGGGGGGGUGGAUAUGAGGGGGCUGAUUGUUUUAACUUGUAAAGCACUUUGUGCUGCAUUUCUUUUUGCCUGAAUAGUGCUUUAUAAAUAAAGUUUGAUUGGAUUUCUAAUGGAAUGUGACAACUGUAAUACCUCACCUCGAGUUGUCUCCAUGUGGCUCCUGAUGCAGUGACACCUACCUCCCUCCUUGUGAAGCUCUUCCAGGGGCUUUAAUGGACUCUUCUUGGAAACCAUCUAUAGGCGUCGGUCAUUUGCGUUGCUUGUGCUCUUCCUCUUACAGCACAAUUCUCUCCCUGAUUAUGCUCCAUUAUUAUGCUUCAAUACAGCACUCUUAGAAACAGAAAGCUUUUAUAGCAAUGAGCCUCUGAGGGUUAUUCUCCUGAAGGAGAGAUUUCAUGACGGUCUUGAGAAAAACUAUCAAGUCAGCAGUCUUUCCCGUGAUUGUGGUUGUAUGUUCUGCUUUGGACUGUGAUGUGUGGUAUUUAAUCUUUUACUUACACUCUUUAUAAAAUGUUCUAAUAUUUUGAGAUAUCUAUUCAUACACUUUUUAAGCUAUUGGCCAUUAUAAUAAAAUAGAGGGGAGAUGCCUGAAACUUCAUUUUAUUAUGAUAGGCUUGUUUUGAAUCUUUAUCUGUCAGAUGUUAAAGAUGCAUCUUUAGUUUCUAUUGCUAAAAGGACUUAUUGAUGUGUUUUUCUGUUUGGCAUUUUUCCUCAAGGGUAGGCACAAAUUGAUUGUGAUCUGGAGGGGCAGUGCUAAGUUCGCAUGCGUUGGGUGUGUUUAAAACGCAAUGUUUCACUCCAGAUUUGAUCACCACUUCAUUAAUGUUUCCCAUACAGCACUGUGUUUACACCCUGUCCAGAUUCCCCCGAGUGUCAUACUUGUUUCAGUCUAUUUCAUUUGAACAGAGUGAGGUGGGCUUCUCUUUAAGAAAAGCCUGCUAGACAAAUUACUAAAGAGCAAUAAUUCCUGUAACCACCUCCAGCAGCUGACGCUCUCUGUACACAACCUCGGUAUACUUUACUUAUGGUUCACUUUUGAACUUUCUGUUUUAUCGAUUAAAUAAAUGAGUAAAAUUUAAAAACAAGACAAACAUUGUCAUUAUAAAGCAAAUAUUAUUUUAAAUUGAAUAACUGUUGAUUCAAGUUUGUAAAAAUAGUAAUCAUGUUGCCGCAGUGCACGCUGGGUACACAGACUACGCGGCUAAUCCGCCAAUCAAAGAGGGCCUUUCUACUUACGGAACAGAAAGGGGUGGAACUUAUAUUCUCUAAACCUAUCGUAUUACGAAACGUCAUAGACCGACCAAACAACCCUCCAGUCACACACGUAAACGGAGCGCCGGUUGGACCGAAUUAGUGAAGGUAAAAUCAGGUCUGGUUCCGACAAAAAAAAACCAUACCUGCAAUUUUACGACUAACUUUUAGUUCCUACUUUAAUUCGCUAUAAACAAAUAUAUGGAAACUGUAUAAAUACAGCUGAUAAGAGGCAGACUCAAAUAAAACCACCGUUUCAGUGGUGCUAUUAUUAUUAUUAUUAUUAUUAUUAUUAUUAUUAUUAUUAUUAUUAUUAUUAUUAUUAUUAUGCCUGUAAUAUCAUGCGUCUGUUGUUUUCUGCAGUUUUUAUUUGAUUAAAAAUGAGGCAAAGUGACCACCUCAAUAGAUUCAGUAUCUGACCAUUUUUCUUUUAUUUUUAGAUUAUUAUCAUUUACUUUUAAAAGAUCUUGCUAUUUUGACAAAAGAUCUUGCUAUUUUGAAAGUAUAACUGAUUUUGGUUGGGUUUGUUAUAUUGAAAGUAAUAAAAUUUAAAGAAAGACGAUAAAUAAGCUUCCCAGCAGUAUAGUAGGCCACAAACUCACCAGAACAAGCUUAAGCCUCAGUUUUAAGGUUUUGAAUCAAUAAUUCAUUAAUCAAACACAAGCUUGACUCCUGUUUAAGGACUCUCGUGUCCCUUAUUAUUCUUUUAAACCAUACAAUAGUCUUACAACUGUUGAAGUUUUUGUCUGUAGCCCCUGCUCCAACAGGUGACCAGAUUAACGAACCGUACGUGAACGCAUCAUGACAUUUCGCUCUGCCUCUUCCUGAAAUGAACAGGGUGAUGCGUUUACGGGCGUGCCGUCACAAACCAAUGGAACUGAGAGAGAGGAGGGGUCACAUUUUCACGUUGAUAAAUACUCAGCGGUGCUGUCUUACAUCCGCUCUCUAUCCCCAGACAAGGUAGACCCUGGUAGGCCGUAGGCACCGGUGAAUUACUCUGAACACACUCGUGAAAAUACACAACAAAACGCAACCAUGAGCAGGAAAUUCUUCGUCGGUGGAAACUGGAAGAUGAACGGCGACAAGAAGAGCCUCGGGGAGCUCAUCCAGACCAUGAAUGGAGCCACGGUCGACCCCAAUGUCGGUGCGUAGAUUUUGACAAAAUGUACUUUUCCCUCAUCACCACAACUACGUGUUUUUAUUUCCUCUUUCAUUGUCUCAACAGAGUCAAACCCGCCCAGCCAUUCAAUAAACCGACGACACAAUAGCACACUAGUUAGAGUUAUGUUGUGCUAUUUAAAAUAAAACUCUUCACGGGCUCAGGCUUUUUUGUUGUCUUUCUUGGCUUUCCACCAACUAGCCGCAGACAUGUGCCUGGUCACGCCAGUUUUCAGUGGAGUCGGUUAUAUGGAGGUGGUGGGUGUGCGUUUGCAGCGGCACGUACUCCAUCAGGCAGCCCUGCCUCUGCUUUCUGUCUGUGAAAGCGCACUGAUGCCUUCAUUGACGCUCGUUAAAGACUCAUCUUACAUCUCCAAACCGGCAACGAGCACAGGCACCCUUUGUUAUCUUCCCUUUGUCACUUUUUAUCGAUGUAGUUGGUUUAGUUUGGUCAAGAAAACGCGCUUAAAUGCACAUUUUAGUUAGUUUAAUUUUUCGAGCUCCCGUGUACGAUUAUUUCCACCAUGACCUGAAUGCAACAACAGUAGACAUUUGCCCUGUUGCUGUCUGCUUUCUGCAGACCGGAGACAAGCUAGUAUGGCUGCAGCUGUAUGCCAUCUUUUUUUAUUGAGUGCAUUGAACUCUUUUGGAAAUUGGCGCAUGGAGGGCAUAUCUGAAUCUGCCCAGGCCUGUUCUAUGCCCUCAUUAGGCCCGUUUGCUCUUCCUUUUGCAAGGAGGUGUUAUGCAACAGUAAUGUUAUGUGUUAAUAUCCGUUAAAGGUCUGGACUGUCACUCUGUUCAGACUAGCCUUGGACCUUGCUCCAUUAAGGUAUCCGCCCCCCUUGCAGUGAUUCCUAGUAUUCCCAGUUGAUUUUCUCUCUUUAACUUGAAAUACAAAAUUCAGCUGUUUCCCCUCCAGACUGAUUUUUCCUCUCAUGACGGCUAUUUUAACUUCUUUAUUUAACAGUCUGAACUCAAAGUCCCAUGACUUUUCUCUGACCUCAGCAGAAUGCAGCCAUGUGUGCGCCCUUUAGAGGGCUGAACUCAGACCUUUAAUGCAGAGGGGCUUGACUGUGGCCGGGGAGCAAUGACCUUUACUAAACCAAUAAUAACAGGAGUGUUUAAUAUAGACACUGGUAACCCCAAGAUACAGUUACAUUUUGAAUGUCAUUACUUAACUGUACUGUAUUCUGCUCGAUCUUUGCAGAUUGCACUGUACUAACAUUGUUUGCCAACAAGUAAAAACACUCUGUACUUGUAUACACUUGAAUAUGUGUGACUUGCAAUAGUUAGGCAGUAAAAAGCAAGUUCUUCCUACAGUCUACUCACUGUGUUGAAGUAAAAAUUCUGUUUAAUUUAAUGAGAGAAGUUAUCAAGAGUUUUUGGGCAGUAAAGUGCUUGUGUUUUGGCUUUUAUUGUUUCCAGAAACAUGGUAGCAGCAUGAUUUUGAAAACCUAGUAGCAUCUAAAAACCUGACUCAUAUGAGUGGUGAUUUUAAGGACUUUAAACAUUAUAUUUGAGUUCUUAUAGUGGUCAAAUUUUCCAUAUAGACUGCACAAAAGAGUAAAUACUUAUCUUAACUUGCACUUCUUAUUUCCAAAUUAUUGGUGUUUAAGAACUUAGGCAGAAAUGUUUGUAUCUGGAAGUAUCUCUUUGCGAUUCACAAAAGCAUAACCAGCUUUGUUUUUUUCUCUGCUCACAGAGGUUGUGUGCGGUGCCCCAUCAAUCUACCUGGAUUUUGCCAGGACUAAGCUGGACUCCAAGUUUGGGGUGGCAGCUCAGAACUGCUACAAAGUUCCCAAGGGUGCCUUCACUGGGGAGAUCAGGUAUGUCAUGAGAAGAAAGAGUUUGAUGAUAAUAAGCAAAUAAAAGCGAAAGCAUGGAGAGGAAAUUCAUUCAUGUUUGAUUAUCCUCCUUCAGCCCUGCGAUGAUCAAGGACUGUGGUGUGAACUGGGUGAUCCUGGGACACUCUGAGAGGCGCCACGUCUUUGGAGAGAGUGAUGAGGUACUUGUGGAUGAUGAAUUAAACUUGAUCAUGUUUGAAACAAUGUUAAAACAUGAUCCAGAGUUGCAUCCUUUUACAUAAAUAAGAAAAACACAUGAAACACCACAUACUGUAGUUCCCCUGCAUACUCUCACUCACUGAAUUCUUCUGCUGUUUGAUUUUAGCUCAUUGGUCAGAAGACAGCCCACGCUCUGGAGAGUGGUUUGGGUGUCAUUGCCUGUAUCGGUGAGAAGCUGGACGAGAGGGAGGGUGGGACCACCGAGAAGGUUGUCUACGCUCAGACCAAGUUCAUCGCAGGUAACUGACCCCUAGGUUUAUGUGCACGGGAGAGAGUCUUAACAUUGUAAUGCAAAUAGGACAACUUGUGAAAUUCUAAUCUUAUCACACACCUCUGUCACAGACAAUGUAAAGGACUGGAGCAAGGUUGUGCUCGCCUACGAGCCUGUGUGGGCCAUCGGUACCGGCAAGACUGCUUCCCCACAGCAGGUAAACACAAGUCCCCACAGCGAACGAUAACUGCAAUCUCCUUUCAAACCACUCACAAUGCAAAUGUUCCCUGUGUGAUAACUCAGGCCCAGGAGGUUCAUGACAAGCUGAGGGUCUGGCUGAAGACGAACGUGUCUGAGGCUGUGGCCAACUCUGUCAGGAUCAUCUACGGAGGUCAGUCAGCUUGAAGAAUCAAAGUUUGUGUGUGAAAGUUUAGAUUUUUUGCUAUCUGGCUCCUAUAAACGUGCUCUUCCACUUCUUAGGUUCUGUGACUGGUGCUACCUGUAAAGAGCUCGCCUCCCAGAAGGACGUUGACGGUUUCCUUGUUGGCGGUGCCUCCCUCAAGCCGGAGUUCAUCGAAAUCAUCAACGCCAAGGCAUAAAACCACCUUGAAAGCGACAGUGAGACCAAGUCCAGAUUAGUGGCCAGCUCCAUUCAGACGAUCCCACUCCAUCCUCCCUAAUUCUCAGCACUUAGUCCUCUUCCCCUCCUUAUUCAAAGUAUUCGUGUAAUGACGUCAUUCCCUCCUUUUCCUUAAUUUCUUAGGUGGUAGAUAUGACAUGAAAAGAAAGGGACAGGUUGACACUUGCACUGUACUGCACUGUAAAAGAGUUGAGUCCACCAAGAAUAGCCUGUGUGCGUACUAACUUCAACACUGAGUUCUCAAGCUGUAAAGACUCAUGACUAUUACACCUUGAGGUGGGCGACCAGUCCACGCCUUUACUUGAAAUGUUUACGAAACUUUUUUUUCUGUAAACAGUGUCACAGCUCUUGUCAAUCAAAUUUAUUUGUCUUUUUAAUAUCUUUGUCUCUUUCGUGUAAUUAUGAUGUGCUGUGGCUUUUACCUCCCUGUAGACGUGCAUGAUCCACUCUCUCAUUGGCUGUUCUGCCCAGUGGGGAGUGUCCAUUACAUGUUCAUCAUACUGUGUCAUGGCCAUGGGAAGAAGGUUGGGAAGGCUGUAAGGUAACAUUAUAAUAAACGGUUUAGAGAUGGUAUUGGUGUCUUUUCCUUCUUUUUUUGACGAGUACUAUGCUGUAAUAUUCACCCUCUUAUUGCUCAUAUUUAGGGUACUAACUUGUACCAGCAGUGCUCAGUCUGCAGUGUGAUCAUAACUCUGGUGGUAGUCUUAGGAUGGCAAGGAGAGGGUAUCACAUUACGGAAGUGAACCACUGCUAAGACAAUGCCAUGCAGAGAAGACCUUGGCAGCUAUUUUUAUCCCAAACCGAAGCAGACAUGACAGAGAAUGAUUCAUGUGUCUGAGGAAAACUAACACCUUCUCUGAUGGAAAAUAGAAGUAGCUAGUAAAAUGGUAGAAGGAUGAUUUUCAUCACAACAACCUAUACUUAUUGCAACCACUGUGUAUGUAAAGUCAAUGGAUGCAAUAAGGUUUUAUUCUCACUUUAGUCUCUUACUUAAUCUAAAUACUCAGACUGUAAUUUUCUAACAGUUGAAAUUGGUCAUGAGGAAAAAAACUAAAUGCAAAUGGAAAUGAUUUCUAAAUUUGGUGUAUGGAUGCUUAGAUAUUCGUCUCUUUUUGUCAAGAGCUGGAUUUUCAAACUUUUUCUUAAAAGUUGAUUUUGUGUUAUGUUUGGCAUUAGAGAGAGUCAUAGGAAAGAAUAAACCAGUCAUAGGCAGGUAACAGUGGAAGUGAUCCGGCUUUUAAAGGGGACUAAAUAUGUUAUUUUUCUUUGACAAACAAAGCAGAUUAUAUCAUGCAUUUUAUAUUUCUAUCCUAAUCUCUUGUCUGGCUCUAGCAAAUUCCUGGCUUUCACCUAAUGUUUGUCUGUCCCAGUGUCUUUGUUUUUUUAUAUUCUUACUGUGUUGAAACAGCCACAUGACUGAACAGCUAGCUGUGAAAACAGUACUGUAUGAAUGUGCAGGAGACAAGGGCAGGCUGGCAUGAAUUCCUUUAAAAACUGGUGUAACACACACCUGAUGGCCAUUAGAACUAAAAUGUUUCGUUUUCAAUUACAGGACAAGAAGUGAAAGCAAACAUGAUUUAUGUAUUUAUUUAUCUUUAAGUUUUAUGUACUUUAUAAACCCCUGCUUUUACACAAAUAGUCCAAAACACACUCAAACAUGCAUAAACAAGACCAUAUGAACAUGCAGAAAUGGAAAGAUGCAGACUGAGGAGGGUUUCUUCAUCAAGGAGCAACCUGAGCGCUGGAGUUCGGUGCCUACUCAAGGGCGCCCAGAAUGUGAACUGGCACCUCUCCAGCUUCCAGGCUGGUUUUCAUAGUAUGGGGCCAGUGGGCGGCAGGACUUGAGCCCCUAACCCCUGGGCUUCCAACAUCCUGGGUUUUAGUGUCAAAAGUACACAUUACACAGACUAAACACACAAAAUAAACAGGCAAAGAAAGCAUAUAAAAUUGAGAUUUAAAGCUUUAAUCUGUAUAAUGUUGUGUAGUAAAAACAUUCCAUCAUAGUUCCAAAAAGACCUGCUCAGGCACACGUUUGAUGUAUAUUAUAUAAAACAUAAAUACCAAAGAUACUGGAUUUUAUCAUUACUUGACAAAGUAGCAGUUUGCUUAUUUUCAACCAACUUAAACUCAGUUUAGGUUAUACAGCGCCUUUCUUACAUAGAAUCAUGCAGCCCAAAGGGAUUCACAAAAGAACACACAGAAAAUAAAGAGGACAAGAAAGAGAUAAAGGACUAAACAACUAAAUAGAAAAAUAAUUGAUACAUUUAAUGUUUUAAAACAAUGUAUUUAUUAAAAUUUUUUUCCUAAACAGUAUACAACUUCAAUAACAACAAUAGAACUAAAAAAUUCACCCAAACCAACCCUCCUCUGAGAACAAACCCCAUAAGCCAACCCUUACUUACCUAAAAAUAAUUUUAAUGUUUGAGUGUGAGUAACCAUUACUAUUACAAUUAUUUUUUAUAUAAACGAAAAUAUUAAUGUAUAAAUGUAAAUAAUGUUUAAAUGUAAAUAAAAAAAUAAUAUA